AGUGACAACUGUUUUAUCGGGUAAAGCCAGAUGAGAUGAAACACUAAACAGCACCGCACGUCCACACGUAACUACAACAAAACAGAAAAAAAAAAAAAAAAAAUUGUAGAGCCAGACUUCAUCCAAGAAUUCUCACAUUAGCCUCUGUUUAUGUAAAAACUCAGUUGUUUUUUUUAUAGCUCUAGUAAAAAACACCCGUUGAAUUUCUCAAAUUUCUUGCGACGAAAAUCCGUUCAUAUAUUUAUUACCUGGUUGCUGAUAUAUUUUGAUCCUGUAGUCAGGCAGUCAGGGUACAUCCUCUUCAGGUGAUAGCAUUUCGAUACAAUUCAUUUACGUGAAAGUAGUUCUGUGAUUCUACAAUUCUUGAUCUGGUACAUUGUGUUUGCCUUCUCGGAACCUAAAUAUGAUGACUCGUAUCUGUUUAUAUUUUGUGUAGUAGUAUUAGGCUUAAGUUGCAUAGCAUGUCGGAACCUAAAUAUGAUGACGGGUCAAUAUGUAACAUGUGUUUGUCAGGGACCCGGAGUCCCGGACCCUGUUCUUGGCGUUAUGCAGUAUGUUGUGUUUAGAGGUACUAACUACAACCAGACAAACUUUAGUGUAUGUUUUGCGGCUGCUAUAAGGUCAUGUUUUAAAUGUCUAAUUGCGGCCGCUAUAAGGUCAUGUUUUAGAUGUCUAAUCUUGAUGUGAUGCCCUUUUCUUCUUUUACAUUUGUGGAUCCUUGAUGCUACCAGAAAUUGUUGCCUAAGUAACCCCUGAAAUCUAAUUUCUUUAGCAAAUUAGUUUCCAGACUUAACUCGACGUUGUGACUCAUGAGUAUUCUAUUUGGUUGGGGAGAAUGGAAUGGAAUGGAAUGGAUUGAGUAAAAAAUACUUGAAACUAAUAGAGAUACGAAGAAAGUUUUGAAAAAAUUUGAAGGAGUGCAAAAUUACUAUGAUGAGAUUUGAGAAGAAAUUGAGGAUGGGAGAGAAUGGAGCAUUCCAUCUCAAAUGGAAGGGAUGAUAUCUAGCAUAUGAUGUAGGGAAUGGAAUGGAGGAAGGAAUGAAAUUUCUUAAAAAUCAUCCAUAAGAUAGUUCAUUUUUCAUUUCAUUCCUUCAGGAAUCAUUCACCUCAACCAAACACAACAUUUAUGUUUAACCGGGGAUGUGGACUGGUGGCUUUACUGCUGUUUAUGUUUUUAAGCAAUGUUGCAAACUACUAGACACGGAGACAUUGGAUCUUAGUCCUGCAUUAAUGUCGCACAACUUUAGGUCUCAGUAGGAUUUAAGGAGAUUUGUCAUUGCCGGAGAAAUCAUACAUUCAUCUUGUAUGUUAAAGAGAAGGAAAUUAUUGCAAUUAGGGCUCAAAUUUCGUUCUCUUGUAAACAAAAACCAUGUAUUUCCUCUUUGAGUUCUGUUUGCAGUGUGAUUUUACUACUCUGAAUGAAUUUAUAACUAGUUGUGCAUCGAGCAGUGAGGAAUAGAGGAUGUCAAGGAAUGAUAUUGUGAUUCCCAUCCAAGUGGACACGCAUAAUUUGUCUACCCCUUUGUCAUCAGUACCAUCACCAGAUCCCUCUCCUCUUUCCACUGAUGCAAUAAUACACCAUGGAGACAAUGCACAAGAAUUAAAAGCGGAAGGUUCCUGGUUAUGGGAGCAAUUCUCUUACCUUGUGUAUCUCACUGUAUUUGGAAUUUUCGGGAAACUGUUUGGCCCCGAAGGAGUUGGUGCCAUGAAAGACAAAUACUACAUGUAUCUUGACCUUCCAUCUAAUAUGGUUGGUUCCUUCUUGAUGGGCUGGUUUGGUGUUGUUUUCAAAGCUAACAUAUCACGCGUGUCAGAUCAAUUAGCCGUUGGAUUGACAACUGGUUACUUAGGAAGCCUAACAACAUUCAGCGGCUGGAAUCAGAAAAUGCUUGAACUCGGUGCUGAAGGAGAAUGGGUAUUUGUAGUUCUUGGUUAUUUCAUAGGGCUAUUUCUUGUUGCCUAUUCUAUCAUUUUCGGGGUAGAAACUGCCCAGGGAUUCAAAUGGACUUUGCGGAAGUUAAGCACAAGUUCUCAGCCAGGUCACUUUAGAUCUAGAUCAAGCUUGAAGGCUGAUAGCUCCAAGAUUCCCAUGGUGGUUACGGUAGUGCUAUUAGUAGUAGUUGUUCUGUUUUAUUGUUUAAGUGGAUCAUUAGAGUGGAAAGAGUUUAACAAAGGUGGUUCUAGAGCUCAGCUUCUGUCAGGGCCGUCUGGGAGAAUUUUGGGGCCCUGUGCUAUAAUAUGAAUUAGGCCUCAAAUAAUAAUAAAAAAUAUGUAUAUUAUAAAAAUAAAUAAAUAAUAAAAAUAUUAUUUUUUUAUAAAAUUAAAACAUGUCACUUAAAAUAAGAUAAAUAAUGUUAUUAAAUAAUAGUAAUUUUAAUAUUUUAAACAAAAUUAAUAUGAAUUUAUAUGAGAUAUAUCUAUAUGUCAUUGAAAAGAAUGAAAUUUAUAGUACAUAUGAAAAAGUAUCAUAUGUA